GCACUCGCAGAUGCUCUGAAUUCCAACUGUACGAUCACCCACAUCAACCUCAGCGACAACCAGAUCGGAGCCGAGGGUGCCAAGGCACUGGCAGAUGCACUGAAGUCCAACUGUACGGUCACCCACAUCGACCUCAAGGGCAACAAGAUUGCAGACGAGGGCGCCAAGGCACUCGCAGAUGCCUUGAAGUCCAACUGUACGAUCACCGACAUCGACCUCUAUAACAACAGCAUCAGAAACGAGAGCGCCAAGGCACUGGCAGACGCCUUGAAGUCCAACUGUACGGUCGCCCACGUCAACCUCGGAUGGAACGUUAUCGGAGCCGAGGGGUUCAAGGCACUCGCAGAUGCCGUGGAGUCCAAUCGCACCGUCACCGUCAACGUCAACGGCCGCCAGCUCGGAGACAAGGGCGCCAAGGCUAG